AUGACGAAUGAAAUAAAUGUUGCAAAAGAGAAAAUGCGAAAUGAAAAGACAGAAUUUUUCUCCAAUGGUUUGGGUAGUCCACAGGGAAUAAAAAAAAUAUAUAAUGAUAAUUUGAAUAUAUCUGAAAAGGGUUUAAAAAGGGGAGAAAAUUAUACCGUUAAUAUUGUGAACAAUAUAAAUGGAAGUAAUAGUGAUGCUUCAAAAGUUGCACAAGAUUUAAUAUGCCAUGAACCCUUCAAAUUAAUUUAUGAGGAUAGUUGCACACAUAUCAAAAUACCAACCAUAAUGUGCCAAGCCGAAGAAAACAUAUAUAACAACAGCACAUAUUUUGGUACUACUAUUAUUAAUAGACAUAAAAACAAUGAGAAAAGAAUUUGUAUAAACAAAAUAAACAAUUUAAAAUUAUUUUUAAAAAACAAUUUAAAAGAAGCUAAUUUGAAAAAUAGACAUAUAUUUUUAAAUAACAUUAAGAAUAUCGAAGAUAUAUUAAAUUAUAAUUUUCGUUUGAUAAGAUGUAAUACAUAUAAAAAUGAUAUACCCCUGUUUUGUGAACAUGAUAACUUUGUUAGGCAUAUACCGAUUGUAAAGAAUAAAUUACACGAAUUAAAAAUUGCAGAGAUGGAAAGAAAUAUAAAACAAAGUGCUUCGAUGAAAUCAGACAAUAUGCCAUUUAUUGCCAAUAAUAGUUUUGCAGAAAAUAGUUCUAAUCAAUGUAAAAAUGAAAAAAAAAAUAGUGAAAAAAAUAGUGAAAAAAAUAGUGAAAAAAAUAGUGAAAAAAAUAGCGAAAAAUAUAGUAUAGAUAAUAUUUAUGAAGAGGUGGAAGACGCAAAAAAAAAAAAAAAGCACAUAAAGAAAUUACAUAAAGAAAACUUGAAUAAACCUUCAAACAAAUCAAACGAGCUGAAACAAUUUUCUAUGUAUAGUAAAUUAAACGAAAUACAAUGUGUAGAAGAGCCUGGUAUGACAUAUAAAUGUGUUUAUCCUCAAAAUACCAAAAUUAAUGAUGAUAUUAAAUGCCGUCAUAAUGUAGAUAGCUCGAAAGGGGUUCAUAUAGAAAAUUCGCCAAUUGUGUUCAAUUCUAAAUUUGAAAGCGGUAACUUACAAUAUGUAUUAAAGGAAAAGAAUAAGGAAUAUUAUUCUUUAUUUAUAAGUAGCGACAUAAGAAUGAAUAAGAAGACAAAUCAAUGGUUUUAUUUUAGUGCAAGUUAUAUACCAGAUGAAUAUUACACAAAAGAAUUAAAAAAAGAAAAAGAAAAGAGACAAACAUAUAUGAAUGAAUUUUUAAAUGAUAUAAAUAAAGAAACAAAUUAUAAUCAUGUAAAGUAUUCAGUGGAUUUUUCUGAUAAAUUCCUUGUAAGUAAUAUUAAAAGAUUAAAAAAACCAGUUUCUGUAAUAUUUCGUAUUGAAAAUAUGUCAAAGCCACAUUUUUUAUACAAAGAAGGAUAUUCUCCAUUAGUUUUUUCAGAGUGUAAAAACAGAUUUGAAAAUAUACAAUGGGAAAGAAAUGCUUAUAAUAUAAAAUAUAUAAAAAAUAAUAAAUCUAGAUAUUUGAAUACUAAAAAAAAUUGUAUUGAAAGAUUAUCCUAUAAUAGUUAUACAUUGGAAUUUAGUUAUGACUUUAUGUAUACAUGUGAUACUGUAUAUUUUUCAAGUUGUUAUCCAUAUACUUAUUCAUAUUUAAUGGAAUAUUUAACUUUUAUAAAAAAUUAUGUAAACAAAUCCAGGCCAGAUAUUAAUUACAUAGAGGAAACAUUGUGUAAGACAACUUGUGGUUUUAAUUGCCCUAUUCUGGCAAUAACAAAUUAUGAUACAUUAUAUAAAACUUCAAAAGAAGAUAAUAAAAAUAAAAAAUUCCAUCCAAAAUUGGAGGGGGAUAUUUCCAUAGACAAUAUGUUUAGGCUUUAUAGUAGUGGAAAAGAAAAUAUAGCUGAUAAAGAAAGUAUAGCUGAUAAAGAAAGUAUAGCUGAUAAAGAAAAUGUAACUGAUAAAGAAAAUGUAACUGAUAAAAUAAUGAAUACUAUACUCGAUGAAAUAAAUUUAUCUAAAUAUAACAACAAAUGUUUUAAUUUUACGAAUUCGGAUAUUUUCGAUAGUUGUAAUGCUAUAAGCACACUUAAUGAUAAAUUGUGGAUGUAUGAUUUGUGGACCUUUUCAAAUGAAUUAGUUAGUAAGUCGAAUAUUGAUGCAAACUUUGAUGGAGUGAGCGAUUUGAAUAAUUAUCAAGAUAUUAGUACUUUUGAUAAUAGCAAUAAUAGCAAUAGCAAUAGCAAUAGCAAUAAUAGCAGUUGUAAAUGGUCAGACAAUUUUAUGAGCGAAUUUCCAAACUUAUUAAAAAAAAAAGUAAUUUUAAAAAUGGGUAGAAGCAAGAAAAACGAGGAGAAAAUGGUAAUGCCAUGUUUAAGAGGGGGGUCAUUAUUAGUUAGUUCAAAUAAAUUGGAAAAUAACUCAAAAGAAAUCACGAAGGAAAUCACGAAGGGAAUCACGAAGGAAAUCACGAAGGGAAUCACGAAGGAAAUCACGAAGGGAAUCACGAAGGAAAUCACGAAGGAAAUAAUUUUUUUGACGUGCCGUGUGCAUCCAGGAGAAACGAAUGCAAGUUAUGCGAUGCAUGGAUUUUUAUCAUUUAUUAUAUCAAACAAUAUAUAUGCAAACAUUUUACGAACAAAUUAUAUUUUUAUAAUUAUUCCGAUGUUAAACAUAGAUGGUGUAGUACUUGGGCAUAAUCGAUUUUGUUCAAAUGGUUUCGAUUUAAAUAGACAAUGGGACAAACCAAUUUAUUACUUACAUCCAACAGUAUAUACAGCUAAAGCAUUGCUUAAAAAUCUUCAAAAGAAUAAUAAUAAAAUAAUAUUUUAUUGUGAUUUUCAUGGUCAUUCCAGUAAAUAUAAUUGUUUUUUAUUUGGCAAUUCAGGUACAAGAACAUUUUUAAAAAAAAAUAAUUAUACUGAAUAUUUUGCAAAUAUCAUUUAUCAAUCUAUUCCUUGGUUUUCCUUAGAAGAUACCAAAUUUAAAAAUUUGAAUGACAGUGAAGGAAAAGGUGGAACAGCUAGAUACAUCUGUGGUACGGAAUUAAAAAUUGAUUGUAGUUAUACCUUGGAGUUAUCUUUGUUAGGGGUACGUGUAGGAAAAAGUUUGAAUUAUUUGCCAAGUAUUAGGGAUGACAGUCCUGUUGAUAAUUUUGGUAAAUCAGUCGAUAUAAUAAAUGACAAUAAAAAUGACAAUAAAAAUGGCAAUAAAAAUGGCAAUAAAAAUGGCAAUAAAAAUGGCAAUAAAAAUGGCAAUAAAAAUGACAAUAAAAAUGACAAUAAAAAUGGCAAUAAAAAUGACAAUAAAAAUGACAAUAAAAAUGGCAAUAAAAAUGACAAUAAAAAUGGCAAGGGUUCAGAUAUUCUUUGUGGGUCGAAUAAAGUAAUAGACACAACAUCCAAUGUCAAAAUGGUUGUUAGGGGGGGUUCUACUCGGUGUUACACCAACAAGGCAAAAGCUAACCGAAAAGAAACAGAAAAAAACGGAAGCGAAUUUGAGGAUUCAGAAAAUUAUCAAAAAAAAUUAUGCAUGAGUAAUAAGGAAAACUUCAUAUUUUUUAAUGAAAACCUUUUAUUGGUAACGGGGGUUAGUUUUGGGAUAUGUCUUUUUAAAUUUAUGAAUUUGUUUUUACAUUGCAAGAGUUACAAAAAAACGAACGAAAUAGGGAGUGAGGGUUUGCCAAUUUUAAGGAAUAAUUUAGAUUACAUGUGUGGGCAUACAUUGGAAAUAACAGAAAAUUUUCAAGACUUGAGUGGAAAAUUAAAUAAUAUGAACAAGUCAGGUAAUAAAGAAGAAAGUGGUAUUAUUAUUAAAAAAAAAAAAUUGAAUAAAAAUGAAUGGUUAAAAAUUAACUAUUGUACUUACAACAGUGAAAAGAAAAUAAAUAAUAAAAAUAAUGAUGAAAAUAAUGAUGAAAAUAACAAUGAAAAUAAUAAUCAAAAUAAUAAUCAAAAUAAUGAUGAAAAUAUAAAUAGUAUAGUUGGUAGAAUGACUGAUGAUAGGAACAUUUCAUGUACAUAUGUAAGGAAUAGUUAUGGGGAUAAGCGAGUAAUAUGUCCUAGCCAUAAAAAUAUUUGUUUGGAUAAAAAGGGUGAUAAAUGUAUUUUAGCUAGCUCAAAUGAAAAAGAUAAAAAAAAAAAAAUAAUGAUAAAAAUAAAAAAAAUAUAUAGCAAUAAUAAAAAUAAGCUAGUAACAAAAAUGAAAAAAAAUUGUCACAAUAAUGGAGCGAGAAAUAAUGACAACGAUGGAAAUACAAAAAAAUAUUACACUGAUAAGACAAGAAAUAAAAAACGAUUAUUAAAAGGUGAGGAUGAAAAUGAUAAACAUAUUUUGAAAAUAAAUGAAUUGAUCAAUUUAGAUAUAUUUCCAAUUAUUAGUAGUUGCAAUAAUAGUAAUAUUGUAAAUAAACAACAGAACAAUAAUAGCACAAAAUUAAAUUUUAUUUCAAAUGGGUAUUAUAAAAAAUAUGUCAAUAAUAAAUAUAUAAAUACAAAAUAUGUUAUAAAAAGAAAAAGGAAGAUACGAGUAUGCAGAAAAAAAGAAAUUCGUUUUUCAGUUAAACCUAAAGGUCCCUCUUGUAUAGAUAUUAUGAAAAAUAUAAUUAAAAAAACGGAUUUGGAAAAUGAGGGUUAUAAAAUAUUCGAAAUUAAAAAAAACAUUGUUUGUGAUAAAAGCCGGGAUAAGCAUAAUAAGAAAAAGACAGAGAGUGGUAGAAAAAAGAAGAAAAAGAAAAAGAAAAAAAAUACUAAAAGUAUGAAAUAUAUUAGCGUUUUACCGAAUUGGCAUGCUAAGUAA